AUGAGUAGUAUACCAGGUACUAAUGAUGAAUUGAUUGAAUUGGUCAAAGAACAGGGUAUCAAAUUACAUCCUAAGGUAUCAAUUGGAAAGAGUGAAUUAGGUGGUGUUGGUUUAUCUUUUAAUCCAGAAAAUUUGAAGGAAAAUGAAGAAAUUGAAUUAUUAAGAAUACCUAAAUCAUCAGUAUUUAAUAUAAAUACCCUACUUGAAGUAUUACAAGAUUAUAAAGGAAAAGAAGGAAUUGAAUCAGAUAUAAUUAUUGAAUUGUUAACCUUAAUUGAACCAAAUAAUGAAACUCAUAUAAUUAUAACAUACUUUAUUGCUUUUAAAUAUAUUGAAAAACUCAAAUCAUUGCCAGGUUAUAUUCAAGAGUAUUUAAAGAUCUUAAGUGAUACAUUCACGAUAUCAUAUCCAGAAGAAGAUGUCAAAGGUGCUGAUAAAUGGAUAAUAGAAUAUAAACAAAUGGCGAAUCGAAUAAAAGAAGAAUAUGAAUGUAUAAACUCUAAAAUGGCAGAGAAAUUCGACAUCUCAAUUGAGUUCUCAGAAUAUUGGCAAAUUUAUCAAGCUAUACGCUCAAGAAUACUUGAAAUUCCACAAGAGGAAGAAGAUGGAUACUCAAUAGACAUCACAUUAGUUCCAAUAUUGGAUUUCGUGAAUCAUGAACAUCAAAACAAUGCACAUUUCGACAUAGACAAACAAACAAAUGAUAUUAUCCUACUCCUAGACAAAAUUCCAAGCAGUGAGAAAUUUGAAAUAACAAUCAAUUACUCACCAGAAAAUGAAAUAGUUUAUUUUUAUAAGAAUUAUGGAUUUAGACCCAAAUCUAAAAAUAAUUAUCAAGUAAUAAAUUUAAGUAUUCGAGAAUAUAUAGCUGAGAAAUUCAAGGAUGGAUUAAUGAUAUGUAAAUGGAUAGGAAUCUAUCCAGAAAUACAAAUAAUCUUCAACGAUGACGAGGUGUUUAUGAAUGUGUUUAAUUUGGGAACAUUAUUUAAUAAUUUAAAAUAUCAUCCAGAUUGGGAUGAUUUAUUAUGUGAAAAUUUUAAAAGGUUUAAUAGUAUGAAAGAUAAUGAAUUUGAUAAGCAGGAAAUAUUAGAAUGGAUAAAGUAUCAAGAAUUGGAAAUGGAUUUAAUUUAUGGUGUUAAUCCAAUUGGUGUAUUACGAGAUGGAAGUGAUGAUCCAUAUAAUGCUGAAGAUUUAGAAGAUAAACUAGACGAGGCAAUUCAGUUCGUGGUUGAUUAUUUUAAAUUGAAAAUUGAUGAAAGUGUUGAAGUUGGUGAUUCAAGUUUUAGUUUAAUGAUUAAAGAUUAUGAAGAAAUUAAGAAAGAUUUGUUUAAAAGAGUGAUAGAGCAAUUUGAAAAGGGUGAGAAGUUAGAUGCUUAUGAUGUACAUAAGAUUAGAUUUAGAAAUUAUAGAUCUAAACCUCGUGAAUACACAGGUUAA